GUCGUGCAGAUUUCAAUUGCAUUAAUGGAUCCUUCCUUCUUGGAAUGUGAACAUUACACAGAACACUAGGUAAUUCAGUGGGGGCAGCAGCAGGAGGGGUUAGUCACGGGUGAUGAUACUUUCAUAUACUUUGGUAACAAUACAGUUUCCAUAUCAUUACUAGCAGUAACAAAACCAUUCGCAAGUAUACACCACGUACUUGUAGAGUACAACGCCUUUAUACUCCACCUAUACGCCUUACAUGUAACUCUAAUUGCCUGUUUAUACCUCGGUGUUGGCGAUGCCGGCAGAUACCAGGCACGACAUUGGUGUAAAUCAAGAUCUAUCUUAGGUACAGAGCUACCAACCUAGUGUCUACACAACGAUCUAUCGCUGCUAUUAGGUUAAACAUUAUAUACACAACUUGGAAUAGUUGAGGUAUAUAUGUAGCUAUAUCAGUAUUUUCAACCUCCUUCCAUGGCCUUUCGCUUCAAGCUUCUCCCCAGACUUUUCCAGCCCAUAUCUGCCAGAUUCCAGCCCAGCGGCAUCCGAUUUUCCCAUAGCCCCGUAUCCAAGACCUCGAUGGCAUCCAUCACCACCCCGCCCGCGGGGAAGAUCGAGUGGCUCGUCAUCAUACCUGACAAGCCAGGCACCCAGGAGAAGAGGCUGGAAGUGCGCGCUCAGCACUUCGCCGGUCUACAGCCAUUCAUCCAGUCCCAGCAGUUCAAGACGGGAGGCGCCAUUUUUAACAGCAAGCCCGAAAGCGACAAUCCUGCCGACUGGGAUUGGGCAGGUAGCACGAUCGUCGUCGUCGCCGAGUCCAAGGAAGAGGUCAAGAAGAUUAUCGCCGAGGAUAUUUACUCCAAGAGUGGAGUGUGGGAUCCUGAUAAUGCACAAAUAUAUGCGGCCAAGUUUGCGUUCAGAUUCCCUUGAUCUAGGCAUAAAUGUUCGGACGAGUUGUAAAUAGUCUAGACGUGGGAUUCA